AUGGCGCAAACCCCCGAGCAGCGACGCCGCAACGCCAAGUUCGCAAAGGAGAACGAGGCCAAGAUGGGCAAGUCCGAGACCCAGAUCAAGCAGCGCGUCAAGGAGACUCCCAAGUCUCCCAUCUCCCUCUUUUGGGUUGUCCUCCUCGGCUUCAUCAUCUUUGGCGGUCUCGUCUUCGAGGCCAUCUCCCGAUUCUUCGGUUAA